AAAUCUAAACAUGUUAAAAUCAAGCUGGGCAUAUUCGUUAAAGCGUGACGAAUUAUUUUCAUACCUAAAUGAAUUUAAAUUAGAUACCGUCGGUACGGUCGAAGAACUCAGAAAACGAUUCGCGAAAUUUAUUAGUGCCGAACAUGAUGCGGAUGAAACUAAAAGAUUAUUAACUAUACAAGGAAAUCAUGAACAAAACUCACUGAUGUUACCUAGUGUGAGAAACGGUUCCACCCCUUCGCCUGUUAAAAUGGAAACAAAUCAUCCAGUUAGUCAGCCGUCAGUUGCAGUGUCGAUUCCAGCCCGUAACACAGAUGACAUCAGAACGAAUUUAAUUGAAUAUGUAAGAAAAUGGGGACUUUCGUAUGAUGGUGGACGAGAGCCUUUAGCAUUCAUCGAACGAAUAGAAGAGUUAGCCGAAAUUUAUAACGUACCUUUAAAUCAAUUCCCACGAAUUAUGCCAGAAUUUUUACGUGAUAGAGCGCUGAUUUGGUUCAGAAACAACAAUGGACAUUGGCAAGUAUGGAAAUCAUUCAAAUCAGAUUUUUUAUCAUUUUUCCUCCCCGCGAGAUAUUUUGAGAAAUUAGAAGACGAAAUCCGUAAAAGAGUCCAACGUCCGAGAGAAGUUUUCAAAAACUAUGUUUUAUCAAUCCAAAAUUUAAUGCGGCAUUCCAACUUAUCAGAAGAACAAAAGUUGCAACGAAUAUUUCAAAAUGCUCUUCCAGACUACCAGUGGUACAUUAAACGAAAAGAUUUUUCAUCCUUAGCUGAAUUAAUAACAUUAGCUGAAGAUUUAGAAUGUAUCCCGUCAACACAUUCACAAAUCCGCGUAGAAAAUCAACGUGUCUUAUCCAGUACAACAACAGGCCCACAAAAUAAUUGCUAUCGUUGUGGAAACUCUGGACAUUAUGCAGCAAGUUGCCCUAAUAACAACCGAUCGGGAAAUGCUUCAGGAGGUCGUCGGAAUUGAGGGACGUCGAGCCUCCAAAAACACAACCCUCAAAUACUGAAACAAGCUUACAAAGUGAAGAUUCGCGUUUAACCGCCUCGUUACUAAUAUGUGGAAAAAUCGUCAAAGCAACUAUAGAUACCGGAGCAAGUAGAAAUUUUAUCCAAGAAGAUUUUGUGAAAACACUUAGCAAUAACCCAACGUAUGUAAAUGAAGAUAUAGAUGUAUUGUUAGCCGAUGGCUCCUCCAGAUCUUUAUCAAAGGCAGUAGAAUUUAAUGUGGUAUUAGGAAAAAUAUCAAAAAGAUGUAAUUUUCUCGUGAUGUCAGAAACUAGCGAAAAUAUUAUUAUUGGAUUAGAUUUUAUGCGUAAUUUUAACACAACGAUACAAAUGGCAGGUUUAACCCUAGACUGUACUAAGCUAGACGCAAAGUGUAUGAGUGUCGAAGAAAUCAACAAUGAGGAGACGCCUCGUGAAGAUAAUGAAGAACGUACACAUGACGGUAAUAUAAGAUUAAAUGAAGAAACUCAGGAGGUCAUCAACAAUUUCUUAGAGAAUGAGCUUUCCAAAUUCCAAAACAUGCGUGGUCUAUCAACAAUUACAACGCAUAAAAUAAUCGUCACGGAUGAUCGUCCUGUUAAAAUUAGCUACGGUCCCAGAAACCCAGCUAUGCAAAAAAUAAUUGAUGCCGAAAUCAACAAAUUAAUUUCACAAGGAUGUAUAGAACCAUCGCAUAGCCCGUAUUGUUUCCCAAUCACCCUCGUUAAGAAGAAAAACGGAUCCUGGAGAACAUGUAUGGAUUUUCGACAAUUAAAUGCUAGGUCAGUACCCGAUGCAUACCCUCUUCCCCGUAUAGACAGUAUUUUGAACCGACUACGUGAAGCAAAAUAUAUUAGCUGCUUAGAUUUGAAAACGGAUAUUGGCAGAUUCCAAUGGAUGAAGGCAGUAAAAGGUUUACCGCUUUCGCUGUUCCUGGUCGAGGUUUAUACCAAUGGCGAGUGAUGCCAUUCGGACUUCAUUCCGCGCCAGCAACUUUUCAGCGGGCAUUAGAUAGUGUAAUCAGACCCGAAAUGGAACACCAUGCUUUUGCAUAUCUUGAUGAUAUUAUAGUUGUAGGAAAAUC